AUGAUCAUCGCUUUCGGAAACAAAACCCUUACUCCAUGUGAACGCCGCUAUUGCCAGACUGAGAAGGAAGCAUUGACUCUGGUAUGGGCAGUGGAGCACUUCCAUAUGUUCCUCUAUGGAAAAGAAUUUGAACUGGUGACGGACCACAAACCUUUAGAGGUCAUAUUUGGUCCCAAAUCUAAGCCUUGUGCUCGAAUAGAAAGAUGGGUUCUACGUCUGCAAUCAUAUAAAUUUAAAGUUAAUACAAAAUAUAGUGGAGCAGAUCACACCAGUAGCUGUAUCUUUGCAAGAAAUUAUGGCUGA